GUAAGCACUUUACUUUUCUGGUAUAGAUGUGCGCUCGCGCGCGCUGCACGUUUUUCGCUUUCGUUGCUCUGGGAGGGGAGUUUGGCGAGAGCGCGAGUGAUCGGACUUGUGCGGACGUUACGUUAGUGGUAGGCCCCCUUCCCCCCUUUGUUAGUUCUGAUGUAAGAUAGGUGAAGUGGUCUUCUUUUUGCUUCUUGUUGGCGUCGAAGAUCGGAGUUGUGGGUUUCUUAUUUUUUUCUCGGGUGGGGAUUUGGGGGCUCUUCUCGGAGUUGAGCAGCCGGCGGGUGGGCUGGAUCAAGUAACAUUAGGUCACAGAAAGUGAUCGCAUCGUGUCAGUCUGUCAUCACAUCAGGAGAUGCAUGUACUAUAUGUAAUAAACAUGUAGAUGGCAUCGAGUAUGGCACUUGAUCUCAAUACUCUAGCUCAAUUCAUCGUUACAAAUAUUCCUUUUUAAAGACUAGGACAAGAUAGCAAACACCCAAAACCCUUUCCUAGAUUCCACCAUGAUAAACUGAAUCGCAAAGGUAAAACACAUGCAAGCAAACCUGAACGUCCUGACUUUUCAAAAUAUAUUCGAAAGGGAAACAGCAGAAGCAUGUCCGGUCUCAGUACCACUCCUCCAGAGUUCCCUUGGGAUAUUGACUAAAGAGCUGCAAAACAACAGCUCGGCCGUUCUCCUCUUCCUCCAUCUCCAUUUCCCGUCGGAAACGCUCUUCCUCUUCAUCUAGUUCCUCCCCCAGCUUUUCCAUUGCCUCCCAGCCCACUUCCCCGGCUGGUAUGCCGGAUUUCUACGCAUGUAGUAUUGUGACUUGCGUACUUGUGCACCUAGUUCCAUGUCGGCUUGAGAGCCAGGGGAAGUGCUUGAAGUAGCGCAAUAAGGAAUGGUAGCUUGAUCAGUAGGAAAAACACGUGCAAAUUGUGCUGUUCGAACACUCUUUUGCCUUGGCAAGGGCUCAGAGCGGGGGGAGGCAGUGGGAGUUUUUACCUUUGAAAUCGACUUGGGCGGCGGAGAAGCCGAAUCUGGAAACGGUGAUAGUGGAGCUUGUGAGUGUUGCUGCACCUUUUCCAGAUCCUCCGUCCGUUGUUCGACGUCUUCUGGAGUCCAAGUUGCAUUUGUCGUCUCUUCUUCAUCCUUGGCUGGUGAAAGCCCCAAUGGAAGCACCACCGAUGGCUCUGGGAGAUCCUCCAUCCCCAAAUUUUCCAUCAACACCAAGACCGUCUUCUCGAGAUCCUCAAGCAUCACCUUGAUCUUCUCCCUCUCCUCUGUCUUCAAGAAAUACGUGAACAUACCUUCCGUGUCGUUCUCCCGGCGAUAUUGUUGCCC